AGGACUUCCAAACCGGCGCCCUCAUGUUGGCGGGUCAAAAGAAAGAGGUUUUGGAUAACGGCGCCGCCGCACACGAUCAAAAGCAAUUCGAAUUUAUGGGCAUCAAGGUAAGCAAUGAUAUGGUAUUCGGCUUUGGCGAUGCGUUGAAAAUGCCGGGACGUAGGCGCAGACUUGAAGUCGACCCACAGCCAACGGAAGCAGAUAAUUCUAUAAGCAAUGAUGCGGAUUAUUCAUUCCAUACUGAGUACAUUGAUUGUGUGCCAUACAUCGAAAAUGAGGAACGUAAAAAACGUGGCGCUUCUCGACACAGUUCGUCGCAGAGUAGUUCAUCGUACUCAUCGUCAGAUUCAUCGUUCUCGUCUCUCGCUUCGUCGAGUGAAUCGGAAGAACGUUAGGGCACGAUGACGCGAUGAAAAAGAACUUAAGCUCGAAUUUUUCAAUAAAAUAUGUUUUUUUUUUAUCAGAAA